AUGACAGACAUCAAUAUUCAUGUUAAAAACAUAGAGGGUGUUGUUUAUGAUAUAAAUAUACCUGCCGACUGCCCGGUUGGUGAUCUAAGACAACGUGUACACGCACUCUCCAAUAUCCCAUUGCAACAAGUAAGAUUGAUCUCAAGAGGAAAAGUAUUGAAAGACGAUAAGGAUAUAAAGUUUUAUAAUAUUGAAGAUGGUAACACAAUACAUUUAGUUGAGAGACCACCCGAUUCUACAACAAACGAUGCUACUCAGCAACCAACUCAACCACAGCAACAACAGCAACAACAACCAGGUGCUGGUGUUUCACACCCAAAUGCACCUGGACAACCACCAGCGGCACCGGCUGCACCCGCGGAGGAAGACACCAGAGGAACCAGUGAGAGAGUUGCCGAUUCUCUCAGAGCGUCGCGAGCUGCACUCCAGUGGCUGAUCGACCAGUCGGAUCAAGCCAUUCAGUCGUUGGAAAACGAGAGAAACCUGACCGACCAGAACGAAAGACAACAACUGCAAACUCAGAUUCGCAACCUCCACUCUGCCUACAUGCGUACUUCGAUGGCGUCGAACAGCAUGGGACAGUAUCUCAGUGGCUACCAAGUUGGAACCACACCAAACUCUUCGACUGUCGCCAUCCCACAGCCAACUGCACAAGUCUCUCAGAUCUCUGUACAAAUUCCAGGACUCAACAUUCCAGUUCCACAAGCCGGUCAACAACAGCAACAGCAACAGCAACAACAGCAGCAACAACAACAACCAAAUCAACAGGCAGGACAGCAACCAGGUGAUCUACCAAAUUUCCUUCAAAAUAUGAUUGGUAAUAUUAUGUCGGGAUUGGGACAACCACAAGCAGCUGGACAACAGCAACAACCACAGGCAACUGGACAACCACAAGCCGGUGUCAAUCCAUUCCAGCAGAUCUUCCAAAAUCUUGCAAGACCACAACAACCUCAACAACCUCAAGCUGGUUCACAACAACCAGGUGGUGGUGGUGCUCCACAAUUGAAUCAAUUUGAAUCACUCCUUCAAACGUUACUCUCAAGUGUACAAACAAACAACAGCAACAACUCUGGUGAACAAGGUGAUUCAAUGUCUACGGUAAUCGAUAAUCUCCCAAUGAUGAUACUCAACUUUAGAUACCUCUACUCUGAGGUACCGGCACAAUCACUCGAGGGUCACAGAAACAUCCGUAACGUUUUCAUCAAUGACUUUUUGAAUGGUAACACCUCGCAAGAGAACAUCGAUAAUUUCGUCAAUGAAUUUGUUGAAAGUCUUGUACCAUAUUUAAAUAUACCACCCGUAAGUAAAUUCUAUUUGUUUUCUGAAAUGGUUAAUCAUAUUACUGACUGUGAAUUACAAUCAAAGAUAUUACCUGGAAAGGAUUUAACUGGAAGAAUACUUGCAUUGGUUAGAAGAGAGAUGAAGAGAUUGUUUGAAAUUAUACUAGUGGAACCGUCAGAGUCUUAUCCACUUAGAAAUCUAGCAAACGAAUGGACUGGAUCGUUCGUCUAUGAUUUAGUGAAUACAAUGGCAGAUUGUCUCCAAGGUGGAACUGAAGAUGCAUUCCUCUUGAUCAACAGAUUCUUUAGUGAGAGUUUAGCAUCGUUUGGUCCGAUGUUUGGUAUUUUCGUUCACCCAGUUAUUAAUUAUUUAAGAACAAGCUAUCAAACUACUGCUGCCCAAAGACAACAACAACCAAAUAAUAACAAUAACAAUAAUAAUAAUGAUGAUAUUAAUAUGAAAACAACAACAACACCAACUUCUACUACAACCACAACAACUACUUCGACAUCAAACAACAACAGCAAUAAUAAUUCACUAUUCUCAUCAAAUCCAGUUAAUAACAAUGUAAAUAGUAAUAAUAAUAAUAGUGUUAUUCCACAGGAAUGGAUGGAAACAAUUGAAAGAGAUAUCGCUAGACAACAACAACAGCCGGCAGCAUCGAAUCAAAAUCAAUUGAGUCAAUUAUAUAGAAAUCCAACCGCAACCAAAAAGAAACAGAAAACCUCUGACAACUCUUCGAAUAGUCUGUUUGCCGAACGUCUAGGAGAAGCCACACAAGGAACCGAUAUUAAUUUAAGUGAUUUGUUGACCAAAGCUCAAAACGAAGGUUUAGUAGAGUUGUAUGAUACAUUAAUUGAAGAACAAAAACAACAACAACAAAAUCAACAAUAA